AAAGGACCGAAGCGUGAUUGCAAUUUUUGGAUUUGGAGUGUAAAAGGCAAUGAUUAGGGGAUGUCUGCUCCUCGGAAGCCUUGGGAAGAAGCAGGAAUUAACACAAGGUCCAGUGUAGUGUCGUUUGAUUCUCCAUCUCGCCUUCUAUUAAGAGCUGGACCCCCUAGAUUGAAUGCACUAACCGAUCGCGAUUUGGGCAAAAUGGAGAGUUCAACUUCGGAAUCUGCAAAACCUCCCCCUUUGCCUCCCAGACCUCAAACACAGAGAUCAAAUGGGCGAUUAAUGUAUGGAGGGUCAAGAUACGGUAAAUAUCUUCCACGUCAAUACAAACAUCAACGUGAAGAAGUUGUGAUAGCUGUAAGCAUCAUAUUUUUGUACUUUGACAUCACUUCUUUGAGAACCACGUUAAACUUCUUAGAUAUAGUGGCCAGAGAAAAAUAAUAUCAGAAUUCCAAGUAUUUUCUUGAAUGGUGACACCACUGAUGCAGAAAUUGGAAUUAUGUCACUUCAUGCAUAAGUCUGUCCAAGAGUGAAAGAGUUUAAGAAAAAUAGUUUGUAAUAAAAUGAGUGUAUUCAUUGGAAACAACUAUUGACAUCUUAGAGAACUGACGUAUGUUUUAAAAAUAGUAAUAAUUGAAAUUUCAGGUUAUGGAAGUGGUAUGUAUGGAGGCUAUAGUGGG